UAUCACAAAACAAGAUAGUUGACACAAGAGAAAAUAUAUAUAAUAAAUUGAUCGUGUUUGGAUCGAAUCGUAUUUUAUGUUCAUGGGAAUCCGACUAGCAGUAUUAAACGAGGUCAGGGGAUGGUUUGCGAACUGUAAUUACUGCGUGACCAAUAAUAAUGGAAUUAAUAGAGACAGACGAACCAGUUAACGUAGAAACCGAAGAGUCACCAAAACCACCAUCUAAAUGUUCAACCCAUAAUACGUGUUUACCACCAUGUCGGAUAUGUGGAGAAAAAGCAUCAGGUUUUCACUAUGGUGUCAAUACAUGUGAGGCCUGUAAGGGCUUUUUCCGUCGAAGUUUGAAAAAGAAAACCAAAUAUAAAUGUGUUGAUAAUCAAAGUUGUAAUAUAGGACCAGGUAAUAGAAAUGGCUGUCCACAUUGUCGUUUGGAGAAAUGUAUAACUGUUGGCAUGUCUAAACAAGCAAUUAAAACUGGUCGAUAUACUCACCAAAAACGUACACAAAAUAUACUGGAAAUAAAGAAACUCGAAGGAAUUACUCAGAAAUGUAUUUUAGACAGAAUAUGUGAUCAUUCGGAAUCUGUGAAUUCACCUAGUGCUAUUAAAGAUAUAUGUUUGGGGUCAGAGUCCGAGCAUAUUCUUCUGUCGGAAAACGAUAAUUUAAAGUUAUUGUCUGAGAUUGCGAUAGAUGCAGAUCUUUUUGCGAGGGACUACAAUACCAGUGGAGGUAGUUCAGUCUCUUCUUUAGACUUCAGCCCGAAAUCCAGUCCAGGCAAAAAAGAAAAUUUCUUGGAAUCUGAUAAAUUAGAGGAGAUUAUACAAAGACUCACUGCUAUUCAUAGGGAAUAUGUUCACAGUUACACUGCCGAGGAAAGUAAAGAAAUUGAAGAAAAAACAACAGAUUACUAUGAAAAGUAUAAAUUAAAAACUGAAGUAUUUGGUAAACUUUCUUUAUUAUCUAUGGAGCAGUAUAAAGAUUUCUACGAUAUAACGGGAAUAGACAUUGACAACCGUCAACCUAUAUGUAACGAGAUGGCUACUGCAAUGGAGUCUUGUAUUCGUCGUUUAAUUACUUUCGCCAAGUCUAUCCCAGGUUUUACAGAUCUCAGUAUAGAAGAUCAGUCUAAUUUAUUAAAAGCCUCGAGAUUUGAAUUUUGCAUCUUAGGUUGUUAUAGAGGAUAUAAUAAUAGAAUUAAAACAGUCCUCUCGCCAGCAGGUAAUUGUAUGUAUAUAGAAGAGUCCCGAAAUGUCAUCAAAGGAGAUUUUAUAUUAAAGUGUUUUCAGUUUGCUGACAGCUUGAAGAAACUAGAUCUUCAGUAUGAUGAGACAGUCAUUUUAAGAGCCAUUGUUUUACUGUUUAGAGAUCGCUGUGAAUUAGAAAAUCCUGAUAAAGUGGAAGAACUACAGUGGCCAUUGGUUCAGUGCUUAAUUUAUCUGGUGAAAAAAAAUCAUCCUGAUCAGCCUAAUUUUUUUGGAAAAAUAAUGGACAGACUAAUGGAAAUUCGAACAAUAUCAGAAGAAAAUAGUGUAGUUAUGAAAAAUCUACUAUUAAUUCCAGCUAUCCAGAAAAAUCCUUUAUUAUUAGAAUUUAUAUCAUUUUAGUGUUAAGGUGAUGUGUGUAGCACAACCAGUAUUGUGCACAAUGUUUUCAUUUUUGAAUUGAAAGGCCUUGGCAUAAACUGUCAAUAUGUACAAUAUGCAUUAAUGAUUAGGAAUUUAUUCAUGUUUGUGUUUUUGCUAAGAAGCAAAACUAAAAUACAUGGAGGAGUGUUGUAAUCCUCCAUUAAUUUGUAAAUAUUUGUAUAUUGUGGGUUGGACAGGAGAAACUACUCCUUGUUGUUGUCACAUUCUAGCAGGGAAUUGAAACCACAGAACUUGAUGCAAUUACAGAUCUUUUGAUCUAAAGUGCACAUGUUGACCCACCCACCCCCCUCUUGUUGAUUAAAAUUUCGUGAAAAUGAAUCCAGAAAUGUUAUUUGUGUUUGUCAAGACCAGUUUCUUUCAUCAUGAAGUUUGAAUAUCAUCCCCUGGUUUAAUUGUUUAUAUAUAUAUAAAGUACAAAGGUACAGAUAUAAAAAGACAUCCAGUUAGAAAAUUCAUUGCUUGAUAAUGACUAGAAAAGCCUAAUCGAAACGUCGCUCAGUAAUAAGCAGUAAUUGUAUUCCAUAGAAUUGUGAUCUGUAUACUCCAGUUCAAUUAUUAAAUGCCAUUGAACCAUUUUUACUUUUUCAUUUAUUGAAAUUCCUGAUUUUUUAAUUGUGUUGGGAAAAGGACUCAAGAUAUGUUCCAUAAAAUUUGUUAGUCCCAAAUUUGUCAAAGUAAUUUGUUAGUCCCAGAUAUAUAAAUGUAAAAUAUGAUACUCAAAGUAACAAUAUAUUUAUCAAUCCAUGUCACUCAAAUCGUUUCGAAACUUGUAAAAACAUAAUAUAUUAUGGUUGUCUUACUGUAUCCGAACACUUAACAUAUUUUCUCAAACAAACAUUUAAAAUGCAUAGACUAAGAUUGAAGCAGAGGCAAUAUCAGCUGGAAUGAUUUUUUAAGUCUGUGAAAGAUUUGACUAUUUGUGUCUGUGAAAGUCUGUGAAAGAUUUGAUUCUUUAUAAGUCUGUGAAAGAUUUGACUAUUUGAGUCUGUGAAAGAUUUGAUUCUGUCGGUAUUUUAUCUAACUUAAUAGAGCUAUAAGUAAGCAUAUACGAGUAUCAUAUUAUUCAUCAAUAAAAGAUAUUUUAGAUCUGAUAUUUGUUCAUUAAUUAUAAUUAAAACAGAUCAUUUAACUUGUGUUAAUACCGGUGUUUAUGAUAAACUUAACAAUAAAUAUAAGCUUAACUAAAGAUACUAUGUGCCAAAUUUUAUUAUUCAACUUUUUCAAGUCCUCUACAGUGUAGAGUCUACACCCUAAAUUAUAUUUUUGAAUACUUUCAAGUUCUUUACACAUCAAAUGCGAGAUUUUAUAAUAAAUUGUUUUCGCUUAUAUAUAAUUAAAAUGAUAUGCAGUUAUUAAUAGACAUUAUUCCGUCGUUUCUAAAUCAUUAAUAUUUAACAAAUUUAUCAAAUGCAAGAUUUAUAAUAAAUCAUUUAUGCUUAUUGAUAUAAUUAAAAGGGUAUCCAUUUGUUAAUAGACAUUAUUCCGGUGUUUCAAAAUCAUUUAAUAUUUAACAAAUUUAAGAAUAAAUUGUUUUUGCUGGUCGAUAGAAUUAAAAUGGUAUGCAGUUGUUAAAAAACAUUAUUCCAUCGUUUCUAAAUCAUUAAUAUUUAACAAAUUUAUUAAAUGCCAGAUUUAUAUUAAAUUGUUUUUGCUGGUCGAUUAACAAAUUUAUAAAUAAAUUGUUUUUGCUGAUCGAUAGAAUUAAAAUGGUAUUCAGUUAUUAAUAGACAUUAUUCUAGCCUUUCGUAAUCACCAACAUUUAUCAUAGCUUUAUAGUUUUUUUAGUUGUUUUUUUUAAAUUAUAUUCUCUUAUAGAUGUAUUAUCUUAGAGCUAAAUUUGCGUAUUGUUAUAAAAACUGUGUAUCUAAACAAUAGAUACACACAUCUUGUCAAAACAAUGAUAACUUUGCUCAGGAUAAAGUAAUUUGAAUGAAAUUUUCAAUAUAUUCAUUUUGCAUUAUCUAAAUUUUAUGUAAUGUGUCCUUAAAGCAUCACAAGUUGUUCUAUAUAUGUUUCGCAUGGGCGCGCUGUAUCAUAAGGUCUGUCAUUGAGUCAACUGGAAGGGUUUCAAUUCCCCUGUUGUACGUGACAAGGAGUAGGGUCAUUUGUCUAACCUCAUGGGUGUUCUCCGGGUCCUCCGGUUUGCUCCCACUGCUAAAGUCCCCUACGCUCAAGCGAAUUAUCGAAAUAAAAUUGAAGUAUGUGUUAGUCCCGAAAUGACCUACUUUGUGUCGAGUGGAUGUUAAACCCCAUUUAUCUCUCUAUAUAUAUAUUUUUCAAACUGUGAUUCUUUGUUAGUCUUUGAAAUUUUAUAAUACACCAAUUUCAAAUAUAUUUUCAUACAGAUGUUUUCUUUCUAUUUCUAAAAUUACUAUUAUUUAGAUAGUUUUUAAAGUAUUUAUUAUUAUUAGAAUAUAAUUAUCAUUUAGAUAUUUUAUAAAUUUUUUGUUAUAAUUUAAUUGUUAUUCAAUAUAGUGCCAUUGUUAGUGUGUUCUUAGUUUUGAUAGAAUUAAAACCCAUCAAAUGAGGUAUCCUGUUAAAAUGAAUUUUUAUGUGUCAGUAAUUGUUUUACAAAGAUGGACUAAGGCAGCUUUUCAUGUAUCUUUAGAAGAAGAACAAAAACUUAUUUUAUAUGUUUGUGAUGUCAUUGUUUUGUUUCCAGCAAUAAUUUAAUUUUUGUUAUCAAAUUUGUCAUCUGUAUUAUUAUUUGUUAUUGAGCAAGCCACAGUGACUCUGUGAGUAAGGUGGUGGCUCACUAACCAGAAGGUCCAGGGUUUGAUCCCUAUGUUGGCUAAGAUUGUUCCCUGGUAUUUUUCCAGUGUGGUUUCCCGUCACUGAUGUAGGACAGAAGGCCUGACAAGGAAAAUUAUUUCGUCUUUUGGUUGGUGCAAAAAAACAAGGUACCAUUAUGCACGUUGGCACGCAUGUAAAGGGAUCCUUGACAGUUGGAAUCUGUAAUAUGAGUAGGCAAUAGUGCUGCUGUCGAGGCAAAAUUUCCCUUCAUAGCACACAGUAUGGCCCAUCUUCAUUAGCCCAGUUGGUGCAGAAAAGUAGGUUGUAAACUCCAUGUUAUUUCUUUUCAUGCUUAAGCCAACAAUUAAUUUUUGUUAUCAAAUCUAUUGUCUGUAUUAUUAUUAUUUUAUUGACAUAUACAUUGCCUUAUGUUUUCGGUAAAACUGUCCGAAAAGAAACAUUUUGAAAUCCCAUCAUUUCUCACUACCAUGGACUAAAAACAAUAUUUUAAAUGUUUGUGUCUAACUUGUGUUUGGUACAUCAUAUAAAAACCAUCUUGUUUAAGUUUCAAAAUAAUUUAAGGUGUUCAAAACACUAAAAUGCUGGUAUCAUCUUUGUCUGUUGUAAGUCAAGCCGAUCUUGUUAAACAAGGUCCGUUUUCUUUUUAAAAAUUUAAAUACAUGUACAUGUCCAAUAUUGUGAAAGUUGAAUCUCUUUGGCGUGCACGUAAAAGCUCCCUUGGCAGUUGGAAUUUGAUAAAAGAGUAGGCCGCAGUCCCGCUGCCGGGCAAAAUUUCCCUCACAGCACACUAUAUGGCUUCUGCCUGUCUUUUAUUAGUCCAGUCAGAGCAGAACAGUAGGACAUUAAAACCCAUUUCAUUUCAUUUAGACUGUAUUGCGUAAGCCGGUCAUCAUUAGCCCAGUCGGAGUAGGACGUUAAACCCCAGUUCAUUUUGUUUUUCUUAAAGGAAUUUCUAUCUAAGAUGAUUCAGUUCCUUUCAGUGUUUAUUUUUAUUUUGAAUUAAUCCAAGCCAGGAGAUUAUCUAACCUUUAUAUAUAUAUAUAUAUUCUGAAACGUUAAAAAAUAAAUUUGAGGCCUAUAUAUUCCUGUACAUUUAGCCUGGAAAAACGAGAUAUUGUCCACAAAAUACAAACGACAUUUAGCAGCUUUAAUUUUAUAUUUUUGAUAUGCAUGUAGGAAUUAUUAUAUUAUAUAAUACUGUGAUAUAUAUAUUAUAUUGGUAUAAAAAUUUAAUUAUAUUAUAUAAUGGCAGUGGUGGGCAGGAUAUUUGGUUAGGGAGGGGUAAUCUUUUUUUAAUUCCAAUUGUCGGUGAUGAUUGCUAGCACAUACCUGAACCAGAAUUUAAUAUUAGAUUUUAUCAUCAACAUCGCUCCAACCAAUGAAAAGCUCAAAUUUACAUGUUUUAUAGAAACAACAAAAUAAUAUUCUAUACUGGUAUUAUUUCUUCUGGUAAAAGGGUGGGGGGGAGGGGGGUACCUGGAACCGCCACUGUAUAAUGUCAUAGACGAACAAUAUAAUCUUUUUUUUUGUGUCUUAGGCCAUUUAAAAAAAUAUAUUCUAGUUUUGAGAUAAUCCUUCAACACUUAUAAAGAACCACACGACCUGUUUAUAUUUUAAAAAAUAAAUAUUAAAACAGUCUCAUGUAAAUGUUUUACAUCAGUUACAGGAAAUGUGGCUUAGAUUCAGUUAUCAAGUAUGCAACCAUGACACUGACAAUCAGACAUAAUACUCCUACAUUCCUAUUAACAACAUGAUGCGAUAAAUGUAGUGCCUUGAAAUGUGAUGUUUUUGAGAAGUCAUUAGGCCAGUAGUGAUCCUUUGACAAAAAUGUAGUGCCUUGAAAUGUGCUGUUUAGGAAAAGUCAUUAUGCCAGAAGUGAUCUGAUUCCUUCAACAAAAUAAAAACUCACCUCCAGUAUCAGAUUUUUGGUAAGGAUUGUCUGAGAACCAGAGUAUUUUAUUUGUUUGGCCUUAGUUAUAUCUAUUAUUGCAAAUUUAGCAACAAAUAUAAUAUCUUUGUAUAACUUUUCUCUUUAUGAGAAUUAUUAUUCAGCUACAUUUUAUAAUUUUCAUGUAUAUUUUGUUCACCACAUCUUGACAACAUAAACUGGCAUUUUGUUAGCAUUUUUGUUAUUAUAUUAUUUUGUUAGCUGUGAAUAAAUUAGCUUCCAAGUUUUAUC